AUGUUGAACGAUCACAACGCUUCUGCAAUCAUCGUUAGCGCUUUGCUCGAUGAAAGUUUGGCCGGAACGGCAAAUGGCGGCAUAUCGCCAGCAAUCGCCGACGAAUCGUCGCGACCUUUUAUGGAAACCCUGACAUUGGCGGGGAUUCUGCUAUUAUUGAUACUUUUCUGUGUGAUUGGGAACUUAUUUGUAAUCGUUGCUAUAGCCUGGGAACGCGAUUUACGAGGUCGUCCACAGUAUUAUCUAAUCUUCUCCUUGGCAGUUGCGGAUUUAGUGGUAAGUUUAAACUCAUCUCUGAUAAGAGCAGUGAUUACUGCACUACCUGAGUUGCAAGUGGCACAUUGA